AUGUUUAAUGCUGCCACAUUUUGCUCCAGUCCAAAAUCAAGAGCCUCUGGCCUUUGUAAGCAGUUUGUAUUUUGCACAUAUAAUGAUGGGUAUGAUACCUGUAAGAAUUGUCCAUCUGGGAAGUACACCAAGGAUACAAUAAAAACAUCAGAGUGGUUUGAACAUAUUGAUAUCUGUGUUACUAAGCCAACCUGUGCUGAAAUUGACACCACCUGGAUAAAUGGAGAGUGUUUAUGUAACAAGUUCAAUGGUUACUAUGGUAAUGACAUAAACAACUGCCAGCUUGACACAAAGCAUUGCAAGGAGGCUGGCUAUGAACUGGAUAAUGAUGGUAAUUGUGUUGAAUGUGAAAAAGAAUAUUAUAAACCAGAAAAUGACGGAUAUGGAGUGUGUCGUGUAAAAACUCGGUGUACACGUCAUCAAGUAGAGGCUCAUCCAGGAUCAUCAAAGGCAGAUAGGAAGUGUCGCCCAAGAACAGCCAAGGAUGGUCCUCCGCCCACUCCCCCACCCACCACAGAUCAGACUGAUCAUGGAGCCAAUGGUACCAGACUAGGGGGAGAUGGGGAUGGAUUACACCAUAUGUAUAUAUGGUUGAUAGGUGUUAUACUCUCUUCACUACUAAUCUUGUCUGUGUCAGCCAUAUUGAUUUAUGUGUUCAGAAAGAAAUGGUGCUGUGCUACUUUUAUUAAAAUGUUUAAAGUUGGUAGACGCUAUACCCCUGUCCCUCCAGUUGAGAAUGGUAGUGAUAGAGGUCACUCUGUUACUCGUAAUUCUCGUGAAGAAGAUCAUGAAUUAACAAGUAUUACAAACAUUGACUCAAGUUUGGACAGUAGCAAGUCAAGCUCAAACUCAUCUAAAGAUCACGAAGCCACAUGUGCUAAAUAUAGAAUAACAGAAGUUAUUGUUGAAAUGGAUGAAAAUGAAACUGGUGUAAAGACAUUAGCUUUGGAACCAAAAGGUGACGAAGAAACAGUGGUAAAAUCUCUCUCUGAUGAACUAGAUGCUGGACAAACAAAUCAAGCAGCAGAUUUAGAUUCCACCAGUUUAAAAACAAGAUAUGAUGAAAAAGGUCAGGACAAAGGUCAAGGUGAACUUGAUUCAGAACUGACAGAUGUAAAGCAAUUGUCCUGUGAAGAUCUGCUAAUGAGUGCGACUCCCAGUGACGAUGCUCUAGACAGCAUUACAAAAGUCAAGAAACAUUUGCCUGCAGAUGAUAAAGAUUUAAGUAUAACCAAAGUCAAGAGAAUGAAUGAAAAUGAAAGUAGAGCUCGAAGUGGAAGUAGAACACCAAAAAGCUACCACAAAAUGAGGGGAUAUCUAGAUAAAUCUAAAAAAGGAUACUCAGUGGAUCUGAAUUGGCUAAAAUUCAGGAAGAAAAAUACACAAGAGACAAGUUUUAGCUUGCCAACUACUCCUAAAAAAUCAAAUUUGUUUGGUGCUACGUCUAAAGAGUCAGAUAGACCAACUUUGAAAGUUGAACCAUUUUCAAGAAGGAGUUCACCUCGUAACUCACAACUAGAAAGUGGAAAUGAAAUGGCGUCUGCAGGUGCUGAUGAUAGCUUCAGAACAGUUCCGUCAGGAAUUUCCUUUCCAAUGUUUAGUGACAGCAUUGGAAUGUCUCAUCCUUUAUUCAGCGAUAGUGCUGGAAUGUCACAUCCAAUGUUUAGUGACAGCGCUGGAAUGUCACAUCCAAUGUUUAGUGACAGCACUGGAAUGUCACAUCCAAUGUUUAGUGACAGCGCUGGAAUGUCACAUCCAAUGUUUAGUGACAGCGCUGGAAUGUCACAUCCAUUGUUCAGUGAUAGCACUGGAUUUUAUAGCUGUGAUGACGAGGGUAUCACGGCGGACCCAUUAAAUGCUUCCCAACAACAACACCACCAGAGAAGGAAUAAUAGAGCUACGUUGCCGCCAAAUGUAUUCAUAGUUGAAGGUGACUUAGACAAUGGGAAAGAUAGUAACGGUAGAGUAAGGUCCUUACCAAUCAUUUCUCAGGAAAGUCAGGAAGAUUUAGAGAAUGGAAAUGUAACAUAUUGGCAACAGCUUGCACUGCACGGUCUUGAAACUGGUGCAAGACCGAAGGAUGAAGGUCAUAAUAUCAUACACCCAUCCGUCCAUUUGUCCCAGAGGCAAAAUGCAAUAACAUAUACCUCACAAAGUAAUGAAGAAGUUCAUACCAGCAUAGGAAGAGCAGAAGGCAAUGAUGGAAUACAGGUACCAGUUGAAUGUGCUGUUAUCGAGACAGGGGAGCAGAUCUCAUUUGAUCCUCUCAGUACACUGGAUGCUAAUUCCAUUAUGAAUGAGACUCAGGAAUCGAUAACUCCUUCAAAUCCACUGAUAAGCAUUCCAAGACCACAUGAGGUUUUACCACCUCCGGAACCAGUGUUUGACGAAACAAUGGUGGCAGGGCCGUCUUCAGGAAGUAGUGAAGAGGCCAUCAGUGAGGGAGGUGCUAGUGAAGGGGCUACCAGUGAGGGAGCAGUUAGUGAAGGAUCAGCAGCUAGUGUUGUGAUGCCUUUGUUAGAAAGAAAGGAAGAGGGAUCUUCAAGUACAGGCAGUGGUAGUUCCAGAAAAAGAACUUUAUCAAGAAGUUUAUCAAUGGAAGAAGAAAAUAAGGAUUCUUCAAGCUCAACAGAAAAGUCUAUGGGAUAGAGAGAUACAAUCUCACCAGAAAAGUCUAAAAGAAAAUAUCAAGAGGACAGAAUAUUUUUGAGAAGAGGUUGAAAAAGUCUUCCAAUUCACCUUAAUCAUCAAGGCUCAUCACAUUCAAAUAUAUCAACAUUUGGCGAGAGUUUAAAAAUUGUGUUCUUUUUCCGUCAGUAUUUGUAAGAAUUAUUUUAAAAUGACGAUCUCAUGCAAUCAUUUUAUUUAGCAGAGUUUGAAUAAUUGUAACUUGUAUGAUUUUUAAAGAAUGUGUAUUUGUCCAAUAAAUAC